AUGGCCUCACGCAGCUCCACAAUCGGCCUCCGCGCCGCCGUCUCGCUCAUCGCCUUAGCCGCCACCGCGCAGGCUCUGCCGCACAAGCGCGAACCUGCCCCUUACACCCGAGAGGGAUGCUUCGUCGAUAAUCUCCAGGGCCACAGGCUUCUCGACAGCGCGGGGUAUGCCGAUGAUGCCAUGACGGUCGAGAGCUGCGCGGCCUUCUGCUCCAAAUACAAAUACUUCGGCCUCGAGUACGGCCGAGAGUGUUAUUGCGCCGACUCCCACUCAGGCUCAGCCGUCGACGACAGCGAUUGCUCUUUCUCCUGCUCCGGGAACAGCGCCGACAAGUGUGGUGCUGCUGACCGCCUCAAUGUCUACACCAACAAUCUCUACGCCGCCCGUAAACCCGCCACGCUCGACGCCCCCUACCUAGGCUGCUUUGUCGACCAGGGCGCCCGCGUCCUCCCCGACAACCUCCUCGGCGCCGACGACAUGACAGCUCAAAAAUGCGCCGCCCACUGCGCCAACUACAGCUACUUCGGCGUCGAGUACGGCCGCGAGUGCUGGUGCGGCAACAGCCCGCCCAGACCCCCCACCGUCGCCGUCGCCGAAUCCGAGUGCUCCUCGCCCUGCGCAGGUGACGACGCCCAAGUCUGCGGCGCCGGCGGCCGCAUCAACGUGUGGGGCGCGCCGCUCCCCUCCCCGGACACGGUCGGCGACAACUUCGAGUACGUUGGGUGCUUCACCGACGACAACGUAAACCGCUCGCUGCGCGGACGCGCGCACUUCGACCCGGCCAUGACCCUCGAGAAGUGCGCCGGGCUAUGCGCCGCCUACGCCUACUUCGGCGUCGAGUUCGGGUCGCAGUGCUACUGCGGUGCGGACCUCGAGCCCACCGCCGUGGAAGUGCCCCAGGCCGAGUGCGCCAUGCGCUGCGGCGGCGAGUAUGACAGCGUGUGCGGCGACACCGGCCGCCUCAACGUCUUCACCAGCAUGGAUUGUCGCGACGACCCGGCCAACCUGCCCGCCGUUGGCUGGCUUCGUUCUACAAGUCGUGCUAGGGAUUCGGGUAUUGUGGGGUUGAGUACGGCCCGCGAGUGCUACUGUGGGGAUGAGCUGGCCGGUGCGCCCGCGUCGGAGGACCAGUGCAGUGAGGUGUGCAUGGGUGACGCCGCCCAGUGGUGUGGUGCCGCGGGCCGUCUCAAUGUCUACGAAGUGGCGGCCCCUACGAAUACCGCGCCGGCCCCGUCCGCUGUUACUGACGCCCCUGAGGUGCCUACCUCUACGGCAACGCUCCCUGCUGAGGUCACUACCAUCUAA